AACCCCGUUCCCCGACUUCGUUUGAGCGUUGUUGUGAAUUCAAUAUGGCGAUAAUUAGUGUAAUGUACGUUUACGAAAAUGAAUCAGAAGUGUUCGAGUAAUCUAAAUAUUUGAUUCACAAUAGAGUUAAACAUUCAGCGUUUUAUUAUACGAUUGACAUGUUAUAAAUUAAAAUUUACUGAUUUUCAUUGUUCAUAAGGAAUAAGCGCGUUUGUAUUAGUGUAUUAGAAAAUCUUUUUACAAAUAACGUGAGCUGUUGACUAUAAUAAGGAAAUCAUUCAACAUUCAGGCGGAAUGUGGGAAAUUUGCCAGUGUACUGAAAAGGAUUAGAAAACUUUCGAUCAUGACUGAUACAAGGAGGAGAGUGAAGCUGUAUGCUUUAAAUGCCGAUAGACAAUGGGAUGAUAGAGGUACAGGCCAUGUUUCCUCUUCAUAUGUGGAUCGUUUGAAAGGAAUAUCGCUCCUAGUGCGUGCAGAAAGUGAUGGUUCAUUAUUAUUGGAGUCAAAAAUACAACCUGAUACUGCCUAUCAAAAACAGCAAGAUACUUUGAUAGUGUGGUCAGAGGGAGAUAACUUCGAUUUAGCUUUGAGCUUUCAAGAAAAACUUGGUUGUGAUGAAAUCUGGGAAAAAAUUUGUCAAGUUCAGGGAAAAGACCCAUCUGUCGAAAUUACUCAGGAUAUUGUGGAAGAAUCGGAAGAUGAAAGGUUUGAUGAUAUGUCAGAUUCUGCACCGCCAAUAGAAUUACCGAGUUGUGAACUCAGUCGUUUAGAAGAUAUAAGUGAAUUAAUUAGCAACUGUUUAGGUUCUCCAAUGAGAAAAGAAAAAUUGGCUGCUGCUAUUGAAAGUGAAGGAUAUAUACGAAAGCUAAUAAAUCUGUUUCAUAUGUGUGAAGAUUUGGAAAAUACCGAAGGUUUACAUCAUUUGUACGAUAUAUUCAAAAACAUAUUCCUGUUGAAUAAGAACGUUUUGUUUGAUGUAAUGUUUAGUGAUGAAUUGAUAUUUGAUGUAGUAGGUUGCUUAGAAUAUGAUAGGUCAUCUCCAACUCCCAAAAGACACCGAGAAUAUCUCAAACAGCAAGCCAAAUUUAAAGAAGCGAUUCCUAUUAAAAAUUCUGAACUUCUUUCGAAAAUACAUCAGACUUUUCGUGUACAGUAUAUUCAAGAUAUUGUCUUACCUACACCCUCGGUUUUUGAAGAAAACAUGUUAUCCACCUUAAGCAGUUUCAUAUUUUUCAAUAAAGUGGAAAUAGUGUCACUAGUUCAAGAGGAUGAAAAGUUUUUGACAGAACUUUUCACGGUGCUAACUGAUUUGAGUACGCCGGAUUCUAAACGAAGGGACUUGGUUCUAUUUCUAAAAGAAUUUUGUAAUUAUUCACAAAAUUUGCAACCUCAAGCAAAGGAAUCAUUUUACAAAACACUCACAACACUUGGAAUAUUGCCGGCUCUGGAAAUAACACUCGCUAUAGAUGACAGGAAGACUAAAACAGCCUCCAUCGAUAUACUGACUUAUAUUGUAGAGUUUUCCCCUUCAGCUGUGAGAGAGUACACACUUCAACAGGCUAGCAAUACUGAUGAGCCCCUCUAUUGGAAAACACAGUCCAUGACAAACCGCAAAAAGAGGACUACAGAAGCGUUCAGUUAUUGGGUCUGAUCUUAGAACUCUUGUCUUUUUGCGUAGAACAUCACACUUACCAUAUCAAGAAUUGUAUUCUCAACAAGGAUUUACUUCGAAAGAUAUUGAUCUUGAUGAAAUCAACACAUAAAUUUCUUGUCUUAUGUGCUUUGAGAUUUAUGCGUAAACUAGUAUCAUUGAAAGAUGAAUUUUACAAUAGGUAUAUAAUAAAAGGAAAUCUUUUUGCACCUGUUGUUGAAGCAUUGAUUAGAAAUAAUGGACGAUAUAAUCUCUUGGAUUCUGCCAUUAUUGAAAUGUUUGAGUUCAUAAAAUCAGAGGAUGUCAGAACUCUUGGUGCACACAUAGUUGAAAACUAUGGCAAAUGUCUCGAUCAUAUUUCCUAUGUUCAGACUUUCAAAAUAUUGAAAGGAAAAUAUGAUCCCAAUCAGGAGAAAAAAGACAAGGAGAGAGAACGAAACAGUUUGGAUGGGGUUCCUUCGAUAUUGAGGAGUAGUCGUUAUCGUAGAGAUCAGAGGCAGAUGGAGGAAGAGGAGGAGAUGUGGUUCAAUGAAGAGGACGAUUUUGAAGAUAGUGAAACAGUACUACCGACUACUAAUGAUAUGCUGACCAAAAAACUUGAUACAGAUCUCGACAAUAUCGGGAAGAUAAUUGAGAAAAAACAACCAGAUACAAAUGGACCUAAAAUUAACAACAAUUCUACACAAAAGUCAGUAGUGCUCAAUAACAAUGCCAACGCUGUUGGCGGACAACCCACAGCAAACAUUUUGCCUAGUACAGAAAAUAAAUCACAGUUAUUCAAAAGGGGUUUGGUUGAUUAUGAAGGUGGUGAUUCGGAUGAAGAUGAAGAAGAGAGUGGAGAGAUAACAAAAAGGCCGAGACUCUCAUAGUCUAAUAGACAAUCCGCAGGUAAAAAUCUUUUGGGGAUUUCCGUUUUGAUGUUUAUAAUUGGCCUUUGAAGGGUAAAUGUUACAAAAUGUUCAUAAAGAUGAAGCUGUAGAGAGCAUUGUGAAAUUUAAAGUAGAUUAGGAUAUAAUAUCUAGAAGUAGAUAGUAUAUAGAUUCGAAUUUAUUGUCUAAAAAAUGUGUGUAGUGUCAUUGGAGUGCUUAGAUUUGUACAAUACACCUACUUCGUACUGUUCA